UCAGAUAUAAAAAUUCAAGAAAGAGCUUUUGGAAUUUGACCAUAAAAAACAACACAGUAAUCAAUGCCCAGGCACAGGUGCUAUGUAGAAGUACAUGAAUCAAGACUCCUGUGGCUCUAGAAUUUUUCUAAACUCUAUAAUUUUUCUAAACAAAAGCAAUUAUGCAAAAUCGCUUAACCAAUCUUGCAUCUAACCAAAUAUAUAGAAUUUAUGAAUUAUGUGAAAGGAAAUAUACAUUGGUUCUAUUCACCUGUAUAUAGAUAUGUAUAGCAUAUUUGUAAUAAUAUUCUUCAUCAAUAUUUGUUAGAAUAGAAUAAAUGAAACAUAUGCUCAAAACUGUGAACAUUCUGUUGAUUUACCUAAUUAUCUGUAAAGAUUAAAAUAUUUCAAAGCACCUUAGAAAACAUUCAGAUUAAAAUUUUCCAUUUGUUUGGCUUAACAUGGGGAUUAAAUAUUAUUUAAUUCAAUAUAUUCAUAUAUAUGAUACCGAUCUCUUUAAACAUAGAGCAACAUUUCCUCAGUUUGGGUAACAGUUUAAAAUUAGCUUAUUAGUACAUGUAUAUGAUAAAAUUUUUAAUAGCAAGGCACUACUUGGAAUUCUGAUACCAUACUGUUCACAUCUAUCUACAAAGAUGAAAUUAUUCAAAAAAUUAAAAGUGAAUUCUGCAUUGCACAUCAAGAUCUUCAAGGACCAUAUGGCGCUCAAGGCAGAGUUAGAAGAUGCUAACAAUAAGGCAGAACAAGCUACAGACUCUAGGGAACUUUCAAAGGCACUCUCUGUGAUUCCAAGAAUGGCCUCUCAAUGGGAACUAUCCAGUGAUCAGAAAUAUGGCGAUUCCAUAUAUGAUCAACAAAGCUAUGGAAGUUACUAUAGUGACAGUUCUUCAAUGCCGACAUUGGAUGCAGCAAGUGUGACAGGGAAUAGCCAAUCAAGUUGCAGCUUUUCAUCAUCUGACCUCAGUCGAACUCUCCAAAGUGGAAGUAAAAAUCUGGAUUACAAACUCCGUGAAAAUGUAAAAACUUUGAAAGUUACAAAUGCAUCCCAUAAUACUGUUGAUAUAAGCAGACGGAAUACACCUACUAGAGCCAUCUAUAACGACAUGAAUCAAACAAACAUGUCUGGCGAUGUGCAAUGCUGUGUUAUGCCUCUCAAACUCCGUAAAUCUUUAAAGACCACCAAUAACACCAAUAAACUGUCCAAUAGACCAAUGAAAGGAGGCAGCGAACCCGAGCUCAAUAAGAUCCACACGCUUAAGGAUGAAUUUGGGCAGUUCCGAUCUGAACAAAAUAUCCACAAAAUGAGCUCUAAAAUUAGAUCCAAACUCAAGAAGAAACGCCUUGGUUCCAUAAAAGAAUCUGACAAUGACAUUCCAAAUUGUUGCGAUCUUGAAAAGAAGUUCCCCAGUCCCAGAAUCCCUACUCUGGAGCAGACAAUUCAACAUGGCUGCCUUCCAAACAUCAAGCGCAGAAAAUCUUGUUCACAGUCACGGAAAUCAAAGAUGCCAAUCAAGUCUCAAACUAACACAUCUAAGAUGGUGCCUCCUCCUUUCGCAACCCUUGACACAAGAGGGCCUAAAGCAACCAAAAAAGUGUCGCAAUCUAGUUCCAGUCACUCAUCAACUGACUAUGUAUUACCCCGUACCUCAACCAAAAAGCACCUGACCUCAGACCUACCUCGUACCUCCACAAAAGUGAAAUUGAUAUACAAAACUGAAAGUGACAUCGAAAAGAACACAGAUGCAACACCUGUUAGGCAAAAAUCAGAAAAAUCUCAUCUGCAAACUGCCGACACACAAUCAACAUCAACGCCACGAUCUAUGUUGUUUAAAUGCUGUAAAUGCUUAUCAACCACAGCUUGUGAACUUCGUCGUACUUACGAGCGGCGACAGAGCAUAGGAAAGACAUCCACUACGCACACAUGUGAAUCCUCAAGCUCGGACAGUGUAUCAGUGUGGACAAUCUAUGAAUUAGAAGUCAAUGAUUUUAAUGAUGUGUUCAAGGAGCCCUCAAAUUCAGUUGAGAUUCAAAGACCCCUCGGCAGCAAAGAUGAAAGUAACUCAAACAUCAGAGAACUGUCUAGUAUUUCCAAGUAUCACAAUCACAAUGAGUGUGCUGAUCAUGCAGUACAUAACACUUUGGAAGAACGGGGGUCAAUAUUCCAACAAAAGAGACCCCUUAGUCCCACCACCAGUCAUAUCAGCUGUAAACCAGACUUUAGCAAGAGGUAUUUUCCAUCAGACAGUGAUCUUUCAUCGUUAAAUUCAGACAUUAGCCCCGUGUCUAUAUCUUCCUAUACCAGUAGCCAGUGUGACGUCUGCUCCAAACAACCAUGUUCCCAUAAUGCAUUUCCCCAACACUUGGGAUAUGCAGUCCGUAAGAUCGCCAACUCUCAUCAACCAAUUGAAGACAUCGAUUGCUCAAUGAAUGCGACAUGCGCAUCAAUCCCUGACAUGGGAGAAGUUGGCACGCCAUCUAUUUACCAUGACACGCAAGAUUAUAACCAUGACACACCAGAUGACCUUUCUGGAACAUGGAACAGUGAGAGUGACGAUAGUUCUAUGUAUGAAUCUGACACUGACUGAAACGACUCCACUGGGGAUGUAUGUUCCCCUCUAUAUGAUGCCAACAUUGAGCAAUAUGAGUGUAACCAAAUAAAUAUUUAUCAGAGUCAGGCGCCAAAUGUCUGAGAUGCUGUAAACGUAACUAAAAACAAAUAUUUUCAUUUAUAGAAAAAUUUGUUUAAGUGAACACCUCUUUCUUGUGAACACCUGUAUCUAGUAGACAUCUUUUCUCUGCACAUACUUAGCAGGCCUGAACCCCCUGGCCAAACAUUCUUUCAAAAUCAUGCAGUUUUUCAUCAUUUGGACCAAAUUUUAAGUGAUUUUGGCCAUUUUUGGACCAAAAUUGUCAAAAGUGAACCCCCCUUGGCAAAUCCUGGCUACGGGCCUGCUAAGUCUAGCUCCAAACUCUUUGCCAACAAGUGUGUGAAGUGUGUAAUCAAGUUGAGAGGGGGGGGGGUCACAGAGGCUUGUAGCUAGACUACACAUACUCUACUGACUUCUACAUAAAUUAUCCUAUCUGUAUUGAACACCUCCCAUUACUGAAAAGUUUUUUAUUGGCAAAAAUGUUCAAUACACACAGGUCUUACUGUAUAUAAUGUAAAAACUGCAUAGUUUAAUAAUAUUAGGUAAAUACUGUUUAUAAUGUUAUAAUAAAAUGUAAAUACUACAUAUAAUAUAAAUAACACAUAUUGACAAAGAAAUAAACGUAACAAAGUCUAUAUAAUUU